AUGAUCGGAUUUCUCAAAUCUUUGGUAUUUAAGUAUUUCAUUAACCACGCCAAAAUUUCCCUCAUCCAAACAGAUGUACACAUUUACGUGAACACGAGAUGGGGGUGGGAGAAUAAGAAAGAAAAUGAUGAAAAACAUUCUGUCACUCACAUAUGCGUCGAGGGUUCGCUGUCAGCUUCAUUCAAUGAAGUUAGAGUGGUGUUUGUGUGGUUGAUUGAUGCUUCAAUAAGGUCCACUUUAAGUUUGUUUAAUGUUGAGCUUAAGGAGUACGAGAUAGACGCGAAAACUUUCCUCAGCAGAUUCAAUUUAUUGGAAACCAAAAAAAAAGCCAUUCAAAAAUUACGAGAGAACGCUGCGAGCUUUAAGCUGACAGUAGAUAACAGAUCACAACCCGUACUGUUCAGACACUUGCUUCAAAAUGAAAUGAAAGAAGUAAAAGCAGUGAUGAGUGAAUCAAUAAAUUAUUUAUGGAUGAAUGUUAAAGUUGGUGGAAAAUGGGACACGCAAGUCAUUCAGAGCGUCCCAGACGUCUUUCAAUAUAAAAGAUUUCAAUCCUUGUGUUUGAUUCAAUGGAGAUAUCUUCAAGAACUUCAACCUUUCCUUCUUUUAUGA